GACGAAUCAGGAGCAAGCUCAUGUAGCUAGUCCUUUCAAAUUACCGAGUUUCCUCGUUUGACUUUUCGACAUCAAAAAUUGUGUGUGUUAGAUCGCAAAUCACCGUUUGUUCGAAUAAUGUGACUUAAUCUCGGCUGGAAGACACAACGAUAAACUCGACCACCUUUACGGAACUAGAAGGUCUGCUUUCUUCAACGCAAUAACGCAUAGAAGACAAGGAUUUGAAAAGAAGAGAAAAAAUAACGUCCGUUUGUAUGAAAGCCCUCUAACAUGGCCAAUCUGACGGCUACACUUGGAGCGCCUAGCUACGACCCAACGGAGAACGAGGACCGCGAGAACAUCCCUCCUCCUGCCGACUCCGCCCCCAGGCCGUCGAGGGAGCCCAAUCAGAACGUUCCUGAUGAGCGUGUAGUCCCGCUUUACAGAGAAGUCGUGGACAAAUGGCACAACACCAUGAAGAACCUUGGCCAGAGUCCUCUCAGUUCGCCAGACAUAGGGGACGAGGCGCUCCCUGAGCUCAGCAUGCUGGACACCACGGCGGAGACCUCUCACCUGUCUCUCGCCAAAACGAGGAGUCCUGCUGCUGCUUCCCUCUCGUCCACGCCCAGAUACUCCAGAGAGAUGGACAAAUGGCACAACACCAUGGCGAACCACGGCCAGAGUCCUCUCGGGUCGCCAGACAUAGGGGACGAGAUGCUCCCUGAGCUCAGCAUGCUGGACACCACGGCGGAGACCUCCCACUUGUCUCUCGCCAAAACGAGGAGUCCUGCUGCUGCUUCCCACUCGUCCACGCCCAGAUACUCCAGAGAGAUGGAAUCCGGCCUUACGCCCGGUUUCAAAAGCUUUAACCUGCCGGGCAACAACUCCAGGAAGGGCCUGACACCCGGCCCGGCCAGGCAUGGGCUGACGGCUAUUCACAACAUGCCGCACCUUAACCAGGAGUUGUUCACCACAGAGUAUCACAAACUGAGGGAGAGCCUGGGUCGGCUUCCCGCCGGACCGGACAGCUUGGCUCCGGCCGGGUGGCCUUGCUUCUGGCUGCAGGACGAGACCCUCCCAGAGGUCAGCUUGAUGGACUCCACCAUGGAGUGUUCUAACCUCUCCACCAAUGGGGCCGCUCCCUCCUUCGUGCCCCCGGUUCCUGAACGGCACCUUGCUGUGACGCCUAAAGUGGAGGAGGAGCCCAGCCCAGGCUCCAUGUUGAGUCUGGUCACGGAUAAGAGUUUAGUUCUCACUCCUCGCCUCCGAGCCUCCACAGGGCAGCAGAGCUUAGGAGAAAGUCGCUUAAUGGACCACAGCAGUCUCCACACACUGGAGAUGACGAAAGCUGAGGUUGUCCAGAACUCAGUGGAAAGCUCUUCCUGUCCCGAAUCCGAUGUCACCCGCGAAUCCAUCCUUCCCCAUGGGGUAGUGGUUCUGGGAGCUGAGGUUGUCCAGAGCUCACUGGAAACAUCCUCCAUCCCCGAAUCUGAUGUAACCUGUGAAUCCAUCCUUCCCCAUGGGGAAAUGGCUCUGGGUUCUCCAUCGCUGUGCUCCGCUUCUGCUUCCCAAUUCCCUGACAGGACAACUCUGGUCCUAGCAUUGGACCACCCGAGGCAGCCCGAGCUCAACACCACCCAGGUCCUCAACACCACCCAGGUCCUCAACACCACCCAGGUCCUCAACACCACCCAGGUCCUCAACACCACCCAGGUGCUCAGCGAGAAUGCGGUGGAGGUGGCAAGCAAUGACAGCAAUGGGUCCGCCCCGCGCUCUGGGAACGACACCUACUUCAGUCCACCUAGUGACUCCUCGAUGAACAGCAAUGUCACUAUGGAGGCCAUCGACUCCUCAGGGGUCAAGUGCCACCUAAGUUUGCCGCUCAACAAGCAGCUGUCGGAACCCGUUUCCAUUAGACCCAGUGCAGUGGUCUCACUGGGCGAUGCCUGCUCAGGUGUCAAACUCGAGGACACCUUUAAGAGCAUCUCUUCUCCAACCCCAGGUCCCCAAGGAUGUAGUCAAGACAACCAGAGCGUCGGCCAAGACAACCAGAGCGUCGGCCAAGACAACCAGAGCGUCGGCCAAGACAACCUGAGCGUCGGCCAAGACAACCAGAGCGUCGGCCAAGACAACCAGAGCGUCGGCCAAGACAACCAGAGCGUCGGCCAAGACAACCAGAGCGUCGGCCAAGACAACCAGAGUGGUAGGCAAGACAACCAGAGCGUCUACCAAGACAACCUGAGCGGAAGUCACUUUGAAGCCCAACCCAGAGCGUUAUCAACUGCCCCUCACAAUGGGUCCAAUAAUAACCUGGUUGUGGCGCUGGACCUGCGGUCCGAGGUCAACACCACCCAUGGGUCCAGCGGGGCAACGGCCGACAGGGCGAGCAGCACCAUGACCUUCUCCUCACAGGACGCCUCCAGACCUCUGUCCCCAGCACCCAGCGCCACAAAGAGUGACGAGAAUUCACUGAGAUGCCAAACGCUGGCAUGCACACUUGUUUAUGAAUGCAGUGCCGACCUCAACUUUGAUGACACAUUCGAGAGAGCUUCUCCUCCCAAGGCAGGUGCCCUGAACUGUCAAGCCAAUCAGACAGCUGGAUGUUUGAUCACCUCCACGCCCAUGUCGGACUGGAAAGUCUAUGUGCCCACGAGCCAGACCUCACAGGUGCAGAAGAGGCGGUACUCUGACGGUCCAUCUAAGCCCCUCCCACAGACAAGCAGCCCUGCCGCCAGUGCGGACCAUGUGGCCGCCAGUGCGGACCAUGUGGCCGCCAGUGCGGACCAUGUGGCCGCCAGUGCGGACCAUGUGGCCGCCCCGGAUGUUCGCUCGCUCCUGCCAAACCUGGGUCCUGCCCGAGCCAUACCCCGCAGUCUCCGGUACAAUUCCGCCCCUGGUGGCACGGGGCGGCGCCUCAGCCCCCCCCCUACAGGGAGGAGAGUGUCAGCCAUGGCUCCGCCCCUUAAACAGAGCAAACCAAAGAACAGCAUACCAGACACCACCAGCACAACCAGUAUACCCAGCACCACUGAUACAUCGAACACCACCAGCCUCUGCCGUGCACCACCAGGCCUCAAACCGCCAAGGAGAGUCCUCCAUAAACCGGCUGCAACGGGCAUCCCAGCGACCAAUCGGAGGACUCUACCAGGUCUCAGACCGCCUACUGCACGACUUGCCACUGCAGCCUUGUCCAAUGAUAAGCCUGGUCCAUCCUCAGCAGACAGUCGCCGUGAGUCGCUGAGCCAGGCCAAGAGGAGCUUGCUGCCCGGGAGUGAAGCUCAGGGGCUGGCCAAGAGGAGGAGGACAGUAUGUACCCCCACAGGUGUUCCAGGACCUUCUACCACCAUGGAGGCCUCCGUUCUGUCUCUGGAGCCCACCAGGGGGGCCUGUGGCCUGAGGGCUCCUCCCCCAAGAACCUGCAAGACCCCAGCACUGGCUGGGUGUUCAAACUGUGCCCUGCUGAACAAGGAGCUGGAGAAGAAUCGUGCGGUGAUAAGAGGACUGCAGAAAGUACUGGAUGGCUUCGUCAUCCCAGCAUCCUAACCAGGACCCGUUGGCAGAGACGGCAGCACAACAUUGAUAAUAUGUAAAUUAAUAAAAAUAACAAGAAUAUGUAAAAGAAAUAAAAAUAACUAAUAGUUUUUUUGAAAUGUUUCUAGAUUUGUUUAUUCUACAGUUGCUAUGCACAGUACUG